GCCGCCUUCUCACACUCUCUGGCUCUUCGCUCGGUUGCAGUGUUUCGUUCCUUCGCCUUCUCUGCCUCUUCUCAUCCUUUCUCGCUCUCUGCUCUGCGGUGUGACGAGGCUGAAUCCUCUCCGCACCCAGCCCUCGCCUUUCUUCUUCUGCCCGCGCUGUUCUAUUUCUCUCCUUCGGCCGCCGCCGCCACUGCUGCACAGCUGGUGUCGGUGCCGCGCUUUUCCCCCCACGUCGUCCCCGCAGCCUAUGGCCCAGGCCGCCUUGGGUAUUUCUGCUCAAGGUAACCACAUCCCUCUUUAAAAAUUCCGCCUAAAAAGAGAAGACGCUUUACCCGACUCUUUGGGCCGUUAUCUCACGGCGAACUUUCUGACCAAGUAUACAACUACCCAGAGGGCCUAGGAGAAGUGCUGUAUAGAGAGCAGUUCGACUUCAACGCUGAGCCACCUUGGGAACCUAGCUGAUGAUAGGGGGGUUCCAUCUCCUAACUUGUCCAUGGAGGUCUUCACUUCAGAAAUCCAAGACUCAUAUUCAUCCAGCUUGGUGUCAAGUGGGCUGUUGCUGCCAGAAUUAUCUUGUGAUUAUUUGAGAGAUGUAUCAGUUUCUUCUGAAGUACAAUCAACUGUAGAAGCCUUUGUAGCAGUUUGUUGCAUAUUCUAAGGACCCAGACGUAAGGCUUGGUGGCCCGUCUCUUGUUUUUCCUGGUUUAUGACUUUCGGCUUUGUGGAAUACGGCUGAGAUGAAAGGAUUUAUUGACGAUGCAAACUACUCCGUUGGCCUGUUGGAUGAAGGAACAAACCUUGGAAAUGUUAUUGAUAACUAUGUUUAUGAACAUACCCUGACAGGGAAAAAUGCAUUUUUUGUGGGAGAUCUUGGAAAGAUUGUGAAGAAACACAGUCAGUGGCAGAACAUAGUGGCUCAGAUAAAGCCAUUCUACACGGUAAAGUGCAACUCCACUCCAGCUGUACUUGAGAUCUUGGCAGCUCUUGGAACUGGAUUUGCUUGUUCCAGUAAAACUGAAAUGGCUUUAGUGCAAGAAUUGGGUGUAUCUCCAGAAAACAUCAUUUACAUAAGUCCUUGCAAGCAAGUGUCUCAGAUAAAGUAUGCAGCAAAAGUUGGAGUGAACAUCAUGACAUGUGACAAUGAAGUCGAAUUGAAGAAAAUUGCACGUAAUCACCCAAAUGCCAAGGUCUUACUACAUAUUGCAACAGAAGAUAAUAUUGGAGGUGAAGAGGGUAACAUGAAGUUUGGCACUACCCUGAAGAACUGUAGGCAUCUUUUGGAAUGUGCUAAGGAACUUGAUGUCCAAAUUAUUGGGGUUAAAUUUCAUGUUUCAAGUGCUUGCAAAGAAUCUCAAGUAUAUGUACAUGCUUUAUCUGAUGCUCGAUGUGUAUUUGACAUGGCUGGAGAAUUUGGCUUCACAAUGAACAUGUUAGACAUUGGUGGAGGCUUCACAGGAACCGAAUUUCAAUUGGAAGAGGUUAAUCAUGUUAUCAGCCCUUUGUUGGAUGUCUACUUUCCUGAAGGAUCCGGCAUUAAGAUAAUUUCUGAACCCGGAAGCUACUAUGUGUCUUCUGCAUUUACACUUGCAGUUAAUAUCAUUGCAAAGAAAGUUGUCGAAAAUAAGUUUUCCUCUGGAGUAGGAAAAACCGGAAGUGAUGAACCAACCUUUAUGUAUUAUAUGAACGAUGGUGUUUAUGGUUCUUUUGCAAGUAAACUGUCUGAGGACUUAAAUACCAUUCCAGAGGUUCACAAGAAAUACAAGGAAGAUGAGCCUCUGUUUACAAGCAGCCUUUGGGGUCCAUCCUGUGAUGAGCUUGAUCAAAUUGUGGAAAACUGUCUUCUUCCUGAGCUGAAUGUGGGAGAUUGGCUUAUCUUUGAUAACAUGGGAGCAGAUUCUUUCCAUGAACCAUCUGCUUUUAAUGAUUUUCAGAGGCCAGCUAUUUAUUAUAUGAUGUCAUACAGUGAUUGGUAUGAGAUGCAAGAUGCUGGAAUUACUUCAGACACAAUGAUGAAGAACUUCUUCUUUGUGCCUUCUUGCAUUCAGUUGAGCCAAGAAGACAACUUUUCCACUGAAGCUUAAGCAGGCAUUAACGCUUUUUUAGAUCUGAAGUUGCAGGUUAAGCUUGUCUGGUCUACAUUCCAGUGUGGAAAAAAUUUGAACAAUCUUAUUCUGUUAAUUCUCUUGAAAACAAAAACUACUAGUAAUAGCUAUUUGGGACCAGACAAAAUUAGCUCUCAUCUAUAAUUCACUGGGGGUAAUUGGGAGAUUAAGAUAAUGUGUCCACAUUUAAACUUACCAGUUUGCCCUACCCUACCCCUUAAGCGUUUAAAAUAAAAUAUGCAACAAAAUGGAUGACUUAGUGGAGAUGGAAGCCCAUUAAUUGGGUUCCCCAUUAAACCGUUUACAUACAAGUACACAGUUUUUAUACUAAGGAUUCGUGUUUAAAAAGUCUUGUAAAGUUAAUGUCUUUCACCCAGAUAUAUCAAAUGUCAGUGGAAGACCAGUGUGAUUUCAUUAGAUACGUUUAGUGUAUUUAGAAUGUGUAAAUUUGUGCUUUGAACUGUAGUUUAAUAAAUGUAAAAUUGCAUCAUAGUAUUUGUUGUAUUUGACCUAAUGUAACCCUUGUAUGAUUGCAAUAAAAUUUUGUGUAGAUUUUACUGUUU